GGCGGGACGGAGGAGGAAGAGGAGGAGGAAGAGGAGGAAGGAGGCGGCUCCAACUCCUCACUGUAUCCGGGUCACACGAGGAGCCACCUCCACGGGGACCACCGAGCCCCCCGCCUGGGCUCGCCACAUCCCACAGGUCUUCCUGGUGGAGCAAGAGGUGGAUGUGGUGGGAAGGGGUGGCAUGGAGCUGAAGCUCGAUGGUCCUUCCUCGGCCCAGAGGUCCGCGUGGACCUUCUCUAUCUGGUGACCCUCAAUAGAUCUCCUUCCCAUGGCCUUUCCCUGUGUCACUGUGGGGUUGGCGCCCGGGGUCACCACCCCCACCCCCCUGUGGCACCACUGGAGCUGCUAGAUUUGGGAGUCGGAGCUUUAAACUUUCCUGGGAGCUUUUGCAAAGCCCUGACUUGGGCUUGAGAUCUUCGUUCCUUCAGCUGCCAAGAUGGCGGACGGGAAGGAAAACGGCCUGGAGGAACUGGAAGGAUCUGAGCUGUGUUUGGAGCUGUGUGAGGUGGAGAUCCCUCAAGAGCCAAACCCACCGGCGCAGCGCGAGUGGGAGAGUCAAUCGCAAGAAGCCUCCGAAGAACCCAGCGAUGACUCCCAUGGACGCCCAUCACCAAGGAAGGGCGGACGGUUGCGCCGUGGGAGCCGCGCGACCAAGAGGACCUCCAGCCGCGGCAAGAAUGGGAAGAACACGGCUGGGAAGGCAGAAGAGGCCAUGCACAAGGGUCUCUACAGCUGUCCCGACUGUGGGAAGAUCUUCACUCGCAGGUCCUUCCUCAUCCCCCACCAGCGCAUCCACACCGGUGAAAAACCUUUCACGUGUCACGAGUGCGGGAAGGGUUUCCGAGUCGGUUCCGCUCUCAACAAGCAUCAACGGAUCCACACGGGGGAGAAACCCUACAAGUGCGCCGACUGCGGGAAGUGUUUCCGUCUCACCUCCACCCUCAGCACCCAUCGGAAGAUCCACAGCGGGGGGAAACCCUACGUCUGCCUGGUCUGCGGGAAGACCUUUCAGUUGAGCGCGUACCUGCUGGCCCACCAAGCCACCCAUAGCGCGGACAACCCUUUCCAGUGCCUCGCCUGCGGGAAGAACUUCAGCUUGAGGCGGUACCUGGCCAUUCAUCAGCGCAUCCACACGGGAGAGAAGCCCUUCAAGUGCUCGGUGUGCGGGAAGCGCUUCAACCGGAGAUCGACCCUCAUUGUUCACCAACGGGUCCACACGGGGGAGAAACCCUACAAGUGCCCCGAAUGCGGGAAGAGCUUCAUCAUGAGCUCGGAUCUCGUCACCCAUCGGAGAAUCCACACCGGGGAGAAACCCUACAACUGCCUCGACUGCAACAAAAGCUUUCGGUUGAGUUCCCACCUCACGAGACACCAGCGAAGCCACACCGGGGAGAGACCCUACAAAUGUACGGAUUGCGGGCAGAGCUACACGGACAGCUCGGGACUCAUCAAACACAAGAAGAUGCACGUGGAGAAGAAGCAGAGGACAUCUCAAGGAGGCCACCAAGGGGAGGGACGUUAUAAAUGUCCCUACUGUAGCAAGAGCUUCCAUGCGAAGUCGGCUCAGGUCCUUCACCGGGCCACCCACGUGGGAGAACGACCCUAUAGGUGCUCCAAGUGUGACAAGGCCUUCAGCCACAGCGGGACGCUACUGAAACACCAACGCAUCCAUACGGGGGAGAGACCCUUCAAGUGUCCCAUCUGCGAGAAGUGCUACAACGAUAGUUCGACCCUUCGGAGACACCGGAGGAGCCACACGGAGGAGAAACCCUACAAGUGUCCCAGUUGCGAGGAAUGUUUCGGCGCCAUCGCGGCUCUCCUGAAGCACCAACGGUUCCACACCGAGGGGAGACCGUACCGUUGCUCCGACUGCGGGAAAAAUUUCCACUCCAAUUUUCUCCUCGUCACCCACCGCCGCAUCCACACGGGCGAAAAACCCUACACCUGCCCCAUCUGCCAAAAAACCUUCCGCCAGGCUUCCCACCGAACGAGGCACCAGGAGAUUCACAGGAGGAAAGGGGUCGGCGGCGUUUCGCGGGAUGCGUCCAAGCAGGGGAAGAGCCAGCAGAAAGCGGGAGGAGAGGUGGGACGUGAUGGUCAAGCGACGAGUCCAGGUGGUGCUUCCACAGCUCAAGAAUAAAAGAGUUUGAGACGUCCCGAAUCCAUCGGUUGGUCCAAGUUGCUCAUCCGAAGAAGAUGCGCCCCACGUUCUACCUGAUGACCCUCAUCUCCGAGGCCGGCUCCUCCCCAACUCAUCAUGACCAGCCCUCCCACCGUCCUUCUCGACUCAACCUCGACUUCAGCCCUGUAAGUAACGCGAUUUGGAAAAGAAAAAUCGUCGCAACAUCUACUUUUGGACCCCAAAUUGUCCUUAAAAUGAGAAAAGUGAGGAGUAUUCAGAAAUACAUCCAGAGUGGAGCCACCUUCUCAUUUCUCCUUGGUGAGGAACCGGGUCUGAGGGACCUGAGGGGCUUCUUUGGGGAGGGGCUUGGUGGUGUUGGUGCCAAAGUCUUGGUCAAGAAGCUGGACGCAAGGACUACCUGGCGGUGAAAUCUUCGUUUUCUCUUGCAGUCAUCGUUACUUAAGGUGGGGAUGGGACCGUGGUUGACCCCAAACAUUGUCCCUUCGUGAGCUCAUCCAAUUUGUGGUGACCACGUUAUUAGUAAAUACCCAAAGGAAUGUUGCCUUGGCUUUGAGUUGCCUUCAAACCCAACUGCGGGUCCAUCUUCUCAAGAGAAGGUGAUGCCACAAGUCUACCUGCUGUGGGGCCAAGCUGAAGAUGACACCAGAAGUCUACGUGCUGUGGGUCCAUCUGAAACCUCAAGAGAAGGUGACACCAGAAGUCUACGUGCUGUGGGGCCAAGCUGGAACCUUGAGAGAAGGUGACCCCACAAGUCUACCUGCUGUAGGUCCAUCUGAAAGCUCAAGAAAAGGGGACCCCACAAGUCUACCUGCUGUGGGGCCAAGCUGAAGCUCCAGAGAAGGUGACCCCACAAGUCUACCUGUUGUAGGUUCAUCUGAAGCCUCAAGAGAAGGUGACACCACAAGUCUACCUGCUGUAGGUCCAUCUGAAAGCUCAAGAGAAGGUGAACCCACAAGUCUACCUGCUGUGGUCCAUCUGAAAGCUCGAGAGAAGGUGACACCAGAGGUCAACUUGCUGUGGGGCCAUCUGAAACCUCAAGAGAAGGUGACACCACAAGUCUACCUGCUGUAGGUCCAUCUGAAAGCUCAAGAGAAGGUGAACCCACAAGUCUACCUGCUGUGGUCCAUCUGAAAGCUCGAGAGAAGGUGACACCAGAGGUCAACUUGCUGUGGGGCCAUCUGAAACCUCAAGAGAAGGUGACACCAGAAGUCUACAUGCUGUG